AUGAGAAUCAUCAACGAGCCAACGGCAGCCACCAUUGCUUGUGGCUUUAAUAAUGGCCUCAACAAGAAGGAUUCAAAUGUUGGCGAGAAGAACGUGUUGAUCUUUGACAUGGGUGGUGGCACUUUUAAUGUCUCUCUCCUCACCAUAAAAGAUGGGAUUUUUGAGGUGAAUGCGAGGUCCGGAGACACUUAUCUGGUUGAAGCGGUGGAGUAUGGCGCGACAGUGCAAGCCGCCAUUUUGAAGCAGAAGGUUCAGGAUCUGCUUCUGUUGGACGUGACGCCUCUAUCUUUGGGACUUGAAAUCGUCGACGAUGUUGAUACCACGAAACACCACCAUUCUGACGAAGAAGGAGCAUGUGUUUUUGAUUCAUUCUAUUAA